AUGCUCACGUCAAUAUUCUAUCUCUUCUUUCUUACAACUAUUGUAACAUGUGAAGAUUUUUCAUCGAUCACAAACAAGACAUCAGUCAUAGCUAAACUCUAUUUGAAUUCGGCUGAAAUUGCUUACAAAAUCGCUCCGUUUCAACUACCUGUUGCAUUUUCAAACGACGAAUGGAGUCAAAUACGUCCGGAAACAAUUCGAUUAAGUGGCAGAUACAUACAAAUAACAUCUCAAAUAAUAAAACAAGAGAAGACAUCACUCAACGGUCAUAAAGUACUCAUUUGUCAAAGUAACUGUUCUCAGACAAUUGAAGUUCUGAUGAUCGAUGAUAAAAUAAAUCUUGUUAAAGAUCUCAAAGACGGAACAUACUUUAUUAUUGGUGACAACGAGAGAAUAAAGUAUUUUGACAUUCCACCAACAGCCAAAUAUAUGGUUGAUUUUACGUUUGAAACCUUGCGUGAUGAAUAUUUGUAUUUACAAAUGAUUAAUAAUCAACUGAAAUGGCAAGCCUACUAUGAUCUAUUGUUAGAAGACAAUGACGAACAUGGAACGACGCUCAUUGGUUAUGCCGAUAUGCAAAAUAGUGGUGUGAAUACCAUUCGUGUAGAUGACGCCGAGUUGUUUGGAGGAGAUAUCACAAUAAAGGCACCAUCCUACUUCAAGAAUGGGUAUGCGAAUGGAGAGUCAGCAGAUAUAAAUGCUAGACCUGAGUACAAUGCGCCACCGCCUAGUGUUUCACUGGGACAAGAACUGCAAGGCAUUUACGUGUUUAAAAUAUCUAAACCAUUUGCAAUAGAAGCAAAUACGAAUUAUAUUUUACCGAUGGUUCGUCCAACUAUUGAAGUUGAGCGUUACGUAUCUAUCGAAAAAUAUUUCCAACAGACAAAUAAUGCUGGAAAUCCUGAAAGGAUGUACCGUUUGAAAAGCGAUCAAUUUCUACCAAAAGGAAAUGCUUUUGUUCGUGAGAAUAAUCGUCUCGUUGGUGAAACCCUAUGGCCUGAUCAAACAGCUAAUAAUACAUAUGCAUUUGCACUUGGUAAAGACUAUGAUGUAACAUAUAGUGAAACAGUCACGCUGUUAGCUAAUGAAUCGAGUAAACCAAUCUCCGACAAUAUUCUUAUUUCACAAUAUCAAAAAUCUACUAAGCAGACGUAUUUGAUUAACCUGAAAUUGGAAAAUUUCAAAGGUCGAACGAUUAGAAUUGAAUAUACUCAACAGCUUACUGGAUCUCUAAAUUAUAUUUUUCAAGCUGUUGAUAAUAACAGCAAUUUUAAACAAGUUGGAUCAAACAUAAAUGCCAAUUUUACAUUAUCAGCCAGCGAAUCUCAAGAGCACAAAUACAGAAUCGUAUACCAAACUCAGAAUUAA